ACCCGCACGCAGGCACGCACACACACACACACACACAGGAGAAUGUGAGGAAGGUGCGUGAUAUGAGCGCAUCGAUCAGCAGCCAUGCUCUCCGCCUGCGUGUUUAUUGGAGGGAGGUGCCACCGGAAACGCACUAACGGCUAAUAAAUAAGCGCGACACUCCUGAAAGCCGAUCAGCAUCAAAACGAAAAGAGAAAACAACAACAACAACAAAAAAACAUCAAGGGUCCCAUUGUGUGUUGGUGCAGCUGCUGAAGCUCCACAAUGCGCGCGCACAUUCCGCGUCUUCUCCUCCUCGCGUCGGUCUGGAGCGUGUGCACCGGUUCAGGAAAAUGGUGCUAUCAGUCCCAGGUGACCUGUGAUACACCCUGCAAAGGACCAGAUUCUUGGCAUGAGGUGCAUGAAGACUGCGGGAAAUUCAAACAGUCACCCAUUAAUAUAGUGACCAAGAAAACCGAACUGGACCACAAUCUGACACCACUUAUAUUUAGCGGCUACCAACAGGCCUUCAGUGGCAUCCUGAAAAACAACGGUCACUCUGUGAGGGUAUCUGUGCCCGAGCUGGCCAAUGUGAGCGGAGGGAACCUCAAAGCCACUUACAAAGCCGUGCAGUUUCACUUCCACUGGGGAGAAAAUGGAGGCCCCGGGUCUGAACACACUAUCGAUGGAGAGCAGUACCCCAUGGAGAUGCAUAUUGUUCACAUGAGGCAGGAUUUUAAAUCUUUGGAAGAAGCACUGAAGGACCCAACUGGAGUUGCGGUGCUGGGAUUCUUUUAUGAGGAAUCAAAGAGUGCAAACAAAAAGUAUGAUGGACUAAUACAAGCUUUGAAAAAAGUGGAACAUUAUAAUACAAACACAACGCUCAGUGAUAUCUCCCUGAGCAAUCUCAUAUCCAGUGAGGAGAACAUGACCAAGUAUUAUCGUUAUGAAGGCUCUCUGACCACCCCUUACUGCACUGAGGCAGUGAUAUGGACUGUGUUUGAAAUCCCCAUCCCACUGAGCAAAGAUCAGCUCUCAGCAUUCUCCUCCUUGAAGUUCGAGGGUGAUAAGCCCAUGAUAAAAACCUUCAGACCAGUGCAGCCACACAAGAGCCGUACGGUGUACCACUCCGGCAGCACUGUAGUCAUGCUCAGCUUCACUCUCCUCCUGGUGUGUGUGUGUUCAGCUCUGGGCCUUUCCCAGCUCUACUAGAGGAUAAGCCAAGCCCCCGUCCAUCCACGCACAGAACUGAAAAGCCAAACAGAUUGACAGCCACUUCUGUAUGUGCAUAUCACAGUGAAUGCACUUUGGUUUUGGCCUCCAUCUUGGAGGUGUGACUUCAUUUCCAUGUAGGCACAUGACAUGCCGGUGUUUUGGAGGGCUUAUCUGGAAAACAGAACUGUGUUCAUCGCUAUCAAUAGAAACCCAGCUAAGUCCUCAGGAGAGAGCCAGAGAGGUUAUAAAUGCCUGUCCUUUAUCUAUCUGAGGCACAGCCAAACUGGGGCCUCAUGCACAUACAUAUACACAUAACACGCACACACACAUGUAUGAGCAGUCAGCAUGUGGCCAUUCAUCUGUCAACAUAGUGUAAUGAUAUUAUUUAUAGGUUAGAUUUUUACGCAAAGACACAAACACACACACACACACACACACACAAACACAGCUAAAGAAUGAUGAACACCUCACAGUGAUGUUCUGAAUUUUAGUGUCAUUUCUGAAGCGAGCAACUUCAUGAAUUACAGGUCACUGGUCAAAUCUAAGGUCAUUCUCCACAUCCCCUCUCUUCUGAGAUCAAAUUAUGGCAGUGACACAGGCCGUAAAGGUGAACCCUAUUACAGUCACGUACACGUGAUAUAAAUAGACAGGAGUUAUAAUAUACAGUGAGCUGUUGCUUAUUUUAAACUGCAUAUAUAAGUAACUUUCUUUUAAUGUACAAGGCCUCCAUCCCAUUCGUUACCUGUCUUAGAUAGUGGAAGCAGGAAACCUGUUUCCUUUUCAAAAUUCAAAGCAUUUCCUGACAAGCUGAAAUUAUUACAAGCAACAUUUGAAUCUCUGUGUUUUUUUUUUAAUUACAGUAAUUCUUUUAGUGAUCACUUAUCUUGGGGUUGCACAUAAGUCUUAAAAAAAAAAAAGCUGUUUCCUCAGUGUCAUGGCAGAAGGUGAUGCCAUUAGCAUGUCACAUUUUAACAUUUUUAGCAUGGUGAACAACAGCAAUUUCCUUAGUAUGUAAGCCCUUAGAAACUGUAGAUACCAACACCCAAGACAUUUACUUCCUCAUAGACAGUGCACCAGUAAGCAAAGGAACUCUGGACUCGACAGUUUUUAUAAUACCUCUAUUUGUUGUAGCAUUUAGGUAUUGAUUCAUUGAAGCAGCACAGUCCAAAUCUCCCACAGGUUUUCUAUCUCCAGUCUGGCAUACAGUCGCUUUGGAGGCUUUUUACAUUGAAGAGAUUCUACUUUUUAGAUGGUGGAUGUAGAUCAUAGGGCACCUCAACAGUUUUUUGUCAGUGUGUAAAUAACUUUCAGUGCUAUCAAAAAUGCCACAGUGUGGAGUUGUUAGCUUCUUAGAUGAAAGCAGGUCAGCUAAAAAUAACCAAAAGUGGAAGAAGUCUUACACAAAAUAUCACAAACUGAGCCAUCUGGUGUGCUGAAACAUAUAAAGAUCAUAUGGAGAGAGACUUGAAAAUAUAAUAAUAAUUAUAUUAAAAUAUAGUAAAAUAUAUUUAUAUUCAAAUGGAAUCAUACAAAUAGCCACAAUAACUAGGUUUAUUAUCUUAUUGUCUCUCAUGGGUGGCCCUCAUGCUUCUCAGUAACAUCGGCAUAAACUGAGCUUAUUUCUAAUCAUUCUUAACAAGUACAAAUGUUUCAAGUAUUACUCAGAAUCAUCACCCAUUGAGCCAGGUAAAGAUUACUUUUUAGGAAUGGUCCAAUCCUAACUCCAAUUUUCUGCAUCAAAUCUGUGAAAAUUUCCCCACACAGCUGAUGCAUUUUAAUCUUGAACCUGUUUUGAUACUGAUCGCCAAAGCUUCAUCAGACCUACUACUACAAUACACUUUCCCCUCAUUGGAAAGUUUCCCCACAUGACCACAUGAUAGGAUCACAUGACCAGUGUUCAUGUUCAGUUUUCUGUGGGUCUCAGAAGCCCUGAAUGUGAUUGUACUGUGAAUCUUUUCAAAAGAAUAUAACUGCUAGGAUUUGCGGGGAAAAGGGCACAGAAGACCAAAGCAGCAAUAUGAUAUAAAGAUGCGCUUUUUUUUUUAAACAGAAAACUAUAUUUAUUUUGGUGUAUGUUAAUAUUCAGACCACUGUUCUAAUCGGUGAUGCAAUUUGUGAUGUAAAAAUAUCCUAUGGAAAUAGAAGAAAACUGAAAAUGUGAUUGCUGUUUUGUGAUUUGGUUCAUACAAGAUAUUGAUAAUAUUUUCUGUAAACAUGUAUUUAAAUAUAUAAUGUGAUUAUAUAUGAUGCUGAUCAUUAAGGAGAUAAAUAUAAAAAUGAUUGCAAAUGAUACAGAGUUCCUAAUUAAAUAAUGAACUACUGAA